GAGAAGUAUAGCUUUAGUAUUCCCAAAAAAAGCAUAGCCUUAGUUCCUUAUAGGGCCUAUAUAAUAAAGUCGCGUGCAAUCUCUAUCAGUGCUUAUUUCCUUCGCAUCUCUCCCCCUUCUUCCUGUCCCAGAUUCCUUAGCGACUUAGACCCAGCACUCUACUUCGAUUCUUCAAGGACAAUCGAAGAGGUUUUGGCUUUGAUGAUCUGCGAGUUAUUCUGCCCUAAAUCGUAGAAAACAAGAUCCGUAGCCGUAGCAAAAGUUUGGGUUAUGCUGUCGCAUCUUUGAAGCAAAUCCGAACCCACAUAUAAGCCCAUAAGAUGAUUCUUGCGGAUUCUCCGGCCAUUGAACAGAACGGGAUUCUGAAUCUUGCUAAGGAUCAGAAUAGAAUCCGGAAGCGCGGUGGAUCGACAGCGAAGGAACCAUCGCCGUCCCGUUGGAAAAACAGUAACCAAAAUCGGGUUUACUCGGCUAAGCUAUUUGAUGCCGUACGCCGCGUGCGCCGAAACGAUUCGCCGGUAAAACCACGAGGCCGAUCCAUCAGGGAGGCUGCAGAUCGGGCUCUGGCGGUCACCGAUGGUGGCCGGACGCGGUGGGGCAGCGCGAUCCUUGCCAGCCGAUCUAUACGGCGCAAAAAUCGUCGAAUCCGGCCGGUUUGCGUCGGCGAACCGCGGUCGAAGUUGAUGGGCCCAGGAAGGAGAGGAGGGAAGAUUCCGGCGGUAGAAGGGAAAAUGAAAUUUCUCGGCCGGUUGGUUCCGGGAUGCCGGAAGCUGUCUCUGCCCUCUCUGCUCCAAGAGGCCGCCGACUACAUCGCGGCGCUUCAGAUGCAGGUCCGUGCCAUGACAAGUCUCACAGAAAAGCUCUCGGGUUUCGCCGGAGCUCCGCUUACGAGUCGACCCGAGUCCGACUCGGGGAGUCCGAUUCCCAGUUGAAUCCCCGCUCUCUUUCUCUCUCUCUACCUUUCUACGCCUGUUUUUUCCUUUUUUUUUUUUUUGUGCCGUCGGUUAUAAAAUUCGUAGUCAUUUUUGUGUAAAUUAUUAAUUUUUCGUAUUUCUUGGAAAUAUAUUUUAUCUACAUAUAGUACUCAAA